GAAAAGGGGAAAAAACCAUGAAACAUGUUUUCAAAAUAUUAAUGUCGCUUCUUUCAACACACUGCCUUAAAAGAAAGUCCGCUCGGCUGCAUUUCAAGAACUCAAGUGCAAACGGGAACCCGAAGACGUGAUGACAGCACGCAUGGGCGACCACAUUGUUUUGGUGCUACACCCGGAAGUCGCCCCCGCGGGAAACACGGCCGGCGAGGUAGAGUUCCGCGCAGCUUUUGGUUCCGCGGCUGCACCGUGAAAUUCUGGCCUCGGAGAUGAUUCCCAUGCCGGUGGUGGUCUGCGUGCUGGGCGGGUGGUGCGCUCUUUACUUGGCCGACACGGCGCUGAAGUCAUCUUCCUCCCUGAGGGCGUCUUAUGAGGAUUGGCUCACAUACUAUGGUCUAACUGUGUCUCCAUUCCACAUGCGAUGGCAGACAGCUCUUUUCAACCGGCUCUUCUACAGCUGGGGAAGAUGGAAGCCCCGAUUGCUUUACCUAUGGUUUAACAUGGGAAUGAUUUUUGGCAUAGCUGCUAUGUUUGGUUCUGUUAUUCUCCUGGGGAAGACACUGCUGCAGACUCUCUCGCAGAUGCUAUCUGAAUCUCCUACAGGCCAGAAUGAUCAGAUGCUGCAGGUUGUGGUGCCUGGUGUAAAUCUUCCCAUCAGUCAGCUGUCCUAUUUCUUCACAGCCAUCCUCAUCAGUGGUGUCAUACAUGAAGUUGGCCAUGGGGUGGCAGCUAUCCGCGAACAGGUUCGGUUCAAUGGCUUUGGAAUUUUUAUAUUUAUUGUUUAUCCUGGGGCAUUUGUUGAUCUCUUCACCACCCACUUGCAACUAAUUUCUCCAGUCCAGCAGCUUAGAAUAUUUUGUGCAGGAGUUUGGCAUAACUUCGUGCUUGGAGUUGCAGGCCUUGUGGUUCUCUUCUUACUGCCAGCUAUUCUUUUUCCAUUGUAUUACACUAAUGCAGGGGCUCUUGUCACUGAAGUCGCAGAGGACUCUCCUGCUAAUGGGCCCAGAGGCCUUUUUGUUGGUGACCUUGUGACUAGUCUGCAAGACUGCCCAGUUAAUAGUGUGGAGGACUGGAAUUCCUGCCUGGGAAAGAUCUCUGUGAAGCCACAGACAGGCUAUUGCAUAAAGACAUCAGUACUACAACAGCUGAGCUACCCAUCUAGAGGUUUUAAAAGACUUGAUGGCACCAUUGAAUGUUGUAACAACAACAGUCUCACAGAUGUCUGCUUUUCAUACAUCAAUAAUCUGAAUAGUCACCAGUAUGCUUGCCUGCCAGCCCGGAAAGCUAUCGAGGCCAGUCAACUUUGCCGAACUGAUGUGGAUUGCCAGAAGGAUUUUGUCCCAAGUUUGUGUGUAACACCUUCUUUGGAAAAUCAAACCAGGUUCAUUCGGGUGAAACAUCCCCCUCAGGUUGAUAUGUUGUUUGUUGGACACCCACUGCAUCUUCAAUAUACAGUGAGCCUCAGCAGUUUUGUACCUCGACACAAUUUUCUCAGUGUGGACCUGCCUGUGGUUGUGGAAACGUUUUGCAAAUAUCUGAUUUCACUCUCUGGAGCACUGGCUGUGAUUAAUGCAGUCCCUUGCUUUGCUUUGGAUGGUCAAUGGAUAUUGAACUCCUUCCUGGAAGCUACUCUUAACACACUGAUAGUUGAAAAACAAAACAGGGAGCUGGUUGGCUUCUUAAUUUUGCUUGCUGGCAGCACACUUUUGGCUGCCAACGUGGCGCUCGGCCUCUGGGUUGUGACAGCACGAUAGCAUAUAGCGCAUUUUGAAGUUGGGUGGUAUAUAUUUAAAGUACCUGGGAAAGAGUUCUGCCUUCUAACAUCAUGUGUAUGUAUGUAUGUACACAUUCUGUAGGAGCAGAAGUAGCUUCAAUCAAAUUAUAUUUCAAGAAAGAGAACUCUCCUCUGAAUUGCAAGGAAUUCAGGACUCUAUAGGGUUUUUUAAAUGUAAAAACUGUUUUGAAAAAAGAGAAUUAAGAGUAAAGUUUGGGUUAUGUAGGUUUCUAUCCAGUUCACUGUUCAGCACUGAAAUCUUUACAGAUGGGAGGAAACUUCCUGAAUAUUUUUAAUUUAAUUUUUUUUUAGAGGUGAACGCUAAUGGAUCUCAUCACCAUACAGAAUUAUUUUGCUUUUUAUCUGAUUGUAUCUGAGAUUAAUUUUUGAAAAUCAGUUGUAUCAGAUAAUUUUUGCUUUUAUGGGAAUGUUUAUGUCAGAUGAAGAUAUGCCACCUUGAAAAACAAGUUCUGCAUUACCUCCAAAGUAUGUUUAAAGUUUUACUUUCUUAACAAAUAAUGUUUUUACUUUGAAUUGUAUAUUUUCACUUUAUGGCCAAAAUGUUAUGCCUAAAGCACUUUAAUAUGGCCUAUGCCAAUUUGAGAAAACGGUAAAGGGUAUGCUUAUACUUUUUAAAUAAUUAGUUGGAAAUCUCCGUGAUAGAAGCAGAACAUAAAUUUGAAUCUGAAGUAUAGAUAAUAAUAAUGUGUGCCAUUGCUAUUUAUACUCAUUGUUAACAUCUGUAUCAGAUGAAAAGCUACGGUUUUAUAUUUUCAGAAAGUGUACAUAAUUUGGUCUGAUUUCCUAGUAACACUUAGUAGAGUGUAAGUUCCACUGAGCUCAAUGAGAUGUUCUUCUGAGUAGACAUGCUUAGGAUUGCAUUGCACAAUUAAUAUUUAACUGAACUCUUUUGUGACCAAACUGUUAUGUUUAUAAACUGAUACAGAAUGAAUUUGUCAAAUUUUAUGGAAUGAUCUGAUGCUAGUGAAUGUAGAUAUGUAAUUAAAGACUUUCCUUGAACAAGGAUGCAAAAUACCUUUGUACAGAAUGGUGCCUAUAGGCAUUGCAGAAAUUGUCUUGUAUAUAUUGUGUGUGUUUGUAUGUUUAUAAUUCGUAUCAAUAGUUUUAAGGCUGAACAAAUGAUACUUGGAAGACCUGAUUUACCAAGGUCACAGUCCAACACAGUAUUAGAAGUAAUUUUAGCACACUGAUGUAUUUGUAGGUUUGAUUUAGAUCUAGUAGUCAGCCUGGGCACAAAAACAAAAUGUGUGAAAGGUAUGUUAUGUAUGAUCACUCUAAAGCAGGGCUUUUCCAUUCUUGACCCCCUUUGGACUGGGAAUUUUUUACUCAACCUCGGGUAUAUAGGUAUUUAAAAUGAGCAUAAAAAUCAAACUUUUCCUGAUAACAAACCAGCAUUUGCAAGGUUUGCUAAAGAAGCUGAUUUUCCUUUUUGUGGAGUACAGCUAAAGCAUUUUAUGCAGAGUCCUCUAUAAACACUGCACAUUGUUGUGGACAGGUUUAUGUAAAUGGGUGGUUUUCAGAAACCUUUCACGGUUGCCAAAUUUUCAGGACCCCAACAUUAAGCUAAGAGGACCUCACUUGGAGCCGGGACCCAAAGUUUAAGAAGCAGUGCUCUAAAAGAGCCUCUAAAGCAGGGUCCUCAAACUUUUAAAGUAGAGGGCCGGUUCACCAUCCUUCAGACUGUUGAGGGGCCAAAUUAUCAUUUGAAAAUAUUAUAUAUAUAUAUAUAUAUAUAUAUAUAUAUAUAUAUAUAUAUAUCUUAUUUGUAGUGCAAAACAACAACAAUAACAAUGAAAGACCAAUACAAUAUUUAAAAAUGAAAAUAAUUUUAACCAACAUAAACCUAUCAGGAUUUCAAUAGGAAGUGUGGGCCUGCUUCUGGCCAAUGAGAUAGUCAGGUUAAUUAGGAUUGUUGUUGUUGUGUGCCUUCAAGUCAUUUCAGACUUUGGGCGAGCCUAAGUCCAAAAUUAUUUAUUUAUUCAUUUAUUACAUUUAUUUACUACAUUUAUAUCUCACCCUUCUCACCCUCAAGGGAACUCAGAGCAGCUGUAUGUACAUACAAUAUAUUAUAUUAUUAGCAAAGCACAAUAUUAGCAUUAUGUAUUACUAUAUUGAACUAUACCACUAUACUGUAAUAUUAUAUGUAAUAUAUAACAUACAAUUAAUAUUAAAAAGGUAAAGGUUUCCCCUGACAUUAAGUCCAGUCAUGUCUGACUCUGGCGGUUGGUGCUCAUCUCCAUUUCUAAGCUGAAGAGCCGGCGUUGUCCGUAGACACCUCCAAGGUCAUGUGGCCACUGGCAUGACUGCAUGGAGCGCCCUUGCCUUCCUGCCGGAGCGGUACCUAUUGAUCUACUCACAUUGGUAUGUUUUCGAACUGCUAGGUUGGCAGGAGCUGGAGCUAAUAGCGGCCGUUCCCGCCGCUCCCGGGGUUUGAACCUGGGACCUUUCGGUCUCCAGCUCAGUGCUUUAUUAUUAUUAAUAUAAUAAUUAAUAUUAUUAUAUGGUAUUAUUAUUAAUAUUAUAUUGUAUAAAAUGAUAAUAUUAUUAUCAAUAUCAUAUGUAUAUACAAUAUAUUAUAUUAUAAAAAUCUUAUAUUAUAAAUGAGGGCAGGGGCCAGGUAAAUGACCUUGGAGGGCCGCAUCCAGCCCCCGGGCCUUAGUUUGGGGACCCCUGCUCUAAAGGAACAUGUAAGUCCUUUGGGUAUGGAUGAAAGAAAGGGCAUUAACUGGAUACUACUUUAUGUUUAAUGUUAGGACCAGGUGAAAAUUGCAAACACUUUGUGAUUGUUUUUGAUACUGUUUGUGACUUCUGGCUUGAUAAAGUUCAAUGACAUUUUUCUCCAAACUUUACAAAUAUAGAAGUAUGAAUCAUUGACUUCGAAAUCUCAUUUGAUUACCUAAAAGUUUGGUUGAAAUGAUGAGCCUUGCUUCCGUGUAGAUAUAGAAAAAAUGCAGUAAAGAGCCAUUCAGGUUGAAAAAGGCAUACGCAGUUGAGCCUUUAAUCGGUGUUAGGGCACAGUUCAUUUGCAAAAGUGGAAAAACUUCGAAUAUUGCUAGGCCUCCAAACCUUCUUUUAAAACUAUUGACCAUAUUUAACACAUGUACGUCUAUGUUUUCCAUUUAAUUAUUGAUGACAAACUUGUGAAUAAUCAAAUUUAAGACGAUUAAACCCACAAAAAUUGAGGUUUGAUUGUAGAUUGUGCUAUGAAAGUGCAAUUACUUAAAUUAGAUUUUCAAGGACACCUAAAAUGCUUAAAUUGUUUAAAAUGUGAGUUCAGAUGAGCAAUAUCACCCAGCAAAUAAGCAUUCCCGAUGGUACUUUAUUGUAACAAAGCUGUGUUUGAAUUCAUUUUCAACUUCUCAUUCCAGAAUGAUUGCAGUUCAUUUCUGUGACUUCAUUUUCAAGUGGUAACCCGAUGUAUUCACUUACACAUUUUCCAUGACUUUUCAUAUAAUUCUUUUGCAAAGUUCAAAACAUACCUCCUGUAAUGGCAAUUAUAGCUGUUUCAUUUUUUUGAUAAACAUUUUGUUCAGUUGUUUAGGGUAAAUAAUGGAAGUCAGAGUGAAGUGAGAAAUUCUUCUUUUUCUUUCUGUUUCAAAAGAGACUGAUAGUUCAAGGGAAGAUCAAAUAAAAAAAACAGCUGAUAUCUUCA